CAGCUGUUGUCUGUUUGGGUUGGUUGGUUUUAGCGGGAAAAGAAAACACCAUCUUGUUUUGUGCUAUUUUAUCAGUUAGUGGAACUUUUUUAACUUAUUAGUAUUUUACGUAUAAUUUGUACUUUUAAAAUAAAAUAUGGUUCGUAAACCGCAAAAGAAAAACUUUGUUAUAAAGCGAGACGGCCGCGAGGAAGAGGUACAUUUCGACAAAAUCACUUCUCGAAUUCAGAAAUUAUGCUACGGCUUAAACAUGGACUUUGUCGAUCCCGUGUCGAUUACGUUGAAAGUGAUUCACGGGUUAUAUCCGGGCGUAACGACAGUGGAACUGGACACUUUAGCUGCGGAAACGGCGGCUUCUAUGGCCACGGAUCAUCCUGAUUAUGCCACUCUCGCUGCUCGCAUCGCCGUGUCCAAUUUACACAAAGAAACUAAGAAACAGUUCAGCGAUGUUAUCAACGAUCUGUAUCAUAUGGUUAAUGAGAAAACCCAAACAGCAACUCCAAUGAUAUCCGAAAAAUACUACAAUAUUAUUAUGAAAAAUGCGGAUCGUUUAAAUUCAGUUAUCAUAUACGAUCGCGAUUUCUCGUACAACUACUUCGGUUUUAAGACUUUGGAGCGCUCAUAUCUUCUGAAGAUAAAUAAGAAAAUCGUGGAACGUCCUCAACACAUGUUGAUGCGCACGGCAGUCGGGAUUCACGGUGAAGAUAUCGAAGCGGCAAUUGAAACUUACAAUUACAUGUCCGAACGAUUUUUCACCCAUGCGAGUCCCACUCUGUUUUCUGCUGCGACUCCGAAACCACAGCUCUCUUCGUGUUUCUUGCUAAUGAUGCCUUCCGAUAGCAUCGAAGGUAUUUUUUCCUGUAUUACUCAAUGCGCUUUUAUAUCUAAAUGUGCCGGCGGUAUUGGCGUUAAUAUCCACAACAUUAGGGCAAAAGGAACAUACAUUGCGGGCACGAAUGGCGUUUCAAACGGCCUGGUGCCUUUGUUACGUGUUUUCAAUAAUGUGGCACGUUACGUCGAUCAAGGAGGCAACAAAAGGCCGGGGGCUUUCGCGAUUUACUUGGAGCCCUGGCACGCCGACAUAUUCGAGUUUUUAAACUUGAAGAAAAACACCGGGAAAGAGGAGCUCCGUGCUCGUGAUUUAUUUUACGGCCUGUGGGUUCCGGAUCUGUUUAUGAAACGAGUCGAACAAGAUCAGAUGUGGUCUUUAAUGUGUCCUCAUCAAUGCCCAGGGUUGCCAGAUUGCUGGGGGGAGGCCUUUGAGCAACUGUACGAGAAAUACGAACGUGAGGGCAAAUAUGUACGGCAGGUGAGAGCUCAAGAAUUGUGGCGUGCCAUUGUCACUUCCCAAGUGGAAACCGGAACUCCGUACAUGUUAUACAAAGAUUCCUGCAAUCGUAAAAGUAACCAACAAAAUUUGGGAACGAUCAAAAGCAGCAAUUUAUGUACGGAAAUUGUCGAAUACACUUCGCCCGAUGAAAUUGCAGUCUGCAAUUUGGCAUCGAUCGCUGUCAAUAUGUUUGUAAAAUCCGAUCGUAAAUCGUACGAUUUUCAACAGUUGAAAACCAUUACGAAAGUAGUCGCGAAGAAUUUGAACAAAAUCAUCGACGUAAACUAUUAUCCGAUCAUAGAAGCUCAGAAUUCCAAUUUCCGUCAUCGUCCCAUCGGCAUCGGCAUUCAAGGAUUGGCCGAUGCUUUCAUUUUAUUACGAAUGCCCUUCGAAAGCGAAGAGGCCGCCUUACUCAACCAACAAAUCUUCGAGACAAUAUACUAUGGCGCCUUAGAGGCUAGCUGCGAGCUCGCCGAAAUUGAAGGACCAUAUUCCACCUACUUAGGUUCACCAGUAAGUAAAGGAAUUCUGCAGUACGAAAUGUGGAACAAAACACCGACCGACCUUUGGGAUUGGGCGUCUUUAAAACUCAAAAUAGCGAAACACGGCAUACGAAAUUCCCUUCUAUUGGCACCAAUGCCGACUGCUUCGACUGCGCAAAUAUUAGGCAACAACGAAUCUGUCGAGCCCUACACUUCGAAUAUCUACACAAGACGGGUUCUCAGUGGCGAAUUCUUCGUUGUAAAUCAACAUUUAAUCAACGAUUUAACCGAUUUAGACCUAUGGAAUGAUGUAAUGAAAAAUCAAAUUAUCGCGAAUUAUGGAUCUGUUCAAAAUAUUCCCGGAAUUCCCGACAAUAUUAAAGCCAUCUACAAAACUGUGUGGGAAAUCAAGCAAAAAACAAUUAUAAACAUGGCAGCCGACCGGGGCGCCUUCAUAGACCAAAGUCAAUCCCUUAACAUACAUAUCGAAAAGCCGAACUACGCGAACAUCACUUCUAUGCAUUUCUACGGUUGGCACAAAGGGUUAAAAACUGGCAUGUACUACCUGAGAACUAAACCCGCAGUGCAGCCUAUACAGUUUACAGUUGAUAAAACUAAACUGCUCGUAACAAAUGGAAAUAUUAAUGGGGAGUCUUCCGCUUUAAAAAAAGAAAGUGAGAAAUUUGACGAAGACGCCGCACUAAUGUGCUCAUUGCAAAACCCAGGAAAUUGUGAUAUGUGCGGAGCUUAAUUAUUAGAAGUUUAUAAUAAAUGUAAGUUUAUAAUUUAAAUUAUUUAUUCAGUUUAAACAUAGGUCCAUGUCCUGGAACGAUCCAAUCUGCAAUUUCCAAUAUUUUGUCUCGAUUCUGAAAUUGCAGCUCUUGAGAGUCGCUGCCUGCAUUUUUCCAAAUAGUAUCGUCCACUAAAUCAUCCUCAUUUUCAAAGAGAUCUCCAACAAUGGCGGUAAUACCAUUUUCAUUUUCUACCAAUACUGUAACAUCUUGUAAAGUGUGACCCGGUGUGUGUAUUAUUUGUACGUUUUCGUCUAUUUUGUACGGACUGUCUGAGAAGUUAUGCGCAUAAUAAUUAUUUUUGUGAGAUAUGCAAUUUCCGACGAUAUGAGUUG